AUGGCCUCGCGCAAGAUCCAAGUCGGCCACCUCGACGUGUGCGUCACCGCCGAGCCCCUCACCCAGGCCGCCUUUGCCUCGUUUGGCGACGUCGUCGCCAACCCGCGGCCCGAGGUGCUCCCCGCGGCCUUUGCGCACCACGGCGCGACCCUGCCCGCCAACGCCGUCUCCGCGAACCAGGGCUUCGCGAUCCAGUACCGCCACGUCAGCCGCCUCGCCAACCUGUACCCUGAGCACGCGCCGAGCGGCACCUCGGACCCCAUCAUGAGCAUGUUUGUCUGCGCCGCGCGCCCGCUCCGCACCAGCGCCUCGUCGCGGCGGCACGCCGAGUUCCUCGUGAGCCACCUCGAGCGCCACCCCUUCACAACGCAGACCUUUACGCCCGUCGCGUCCUCGGCGAGCCUGUACCUCGUCGUCGUCGCGCCGAGCCUGCCCCCGAGCGAGGCCGACGCGGACAUGCCGGUCGCGGGCGAGGCCGGCAAGACGCCCGGCCGCGGGCUGCCGAACCUCAAGGAGCUCCGGGCGUUUGUGGCCACGCGCGCCCAGGCCGUCACGUACGGCGCGGGCACGUGGCACGCGCCGAUGGUGGUGCUCGGUGCGCCGGGGACGACGCUCGACUUUGUGGUGACACAGUUUGCGAGCGGCGUCGCCGACGAGGAUUGUCAGCUGCUCGAGUUUGAGGCCCAGGGACGGCCGGAGCCGCAGCUGAGAGUGCACAUUCCGAUUCCCAACACGUCCUCGAGAGACUCGAAUCUGUAG